AUGAUGGAAGAUGGAAACAAAUUGGAUCGGAAGAAGACAAUGACGAUGAACUGGGAAGGAUUAGGAGAUUUUGAAGAUGAAGAUGAUGAUAGAUUCUUCGAAACUCAUGAUCGUCUCUCUUCUGCUUUAACUUUCGACAUGGCUAAUGCUUCUUCUUCCGAUGAAGAUGAAGAUUUCGACGAUUGUCGACUCUCGUUUUCUUCAGCCGUCUCUUCCUUAACCACCGCCUCUAGGAAAUUUCGUACGCCGGCGAUGUCUCCUGAUUACGAUAUUUGGAUGGCUGCUCCGGGAUCGAUAUCUGAGCGUCGUCGUCGUCUUCUCCAUGGGAUGGGACUUGCUAGUAAUAAAGAUAUGGUUAGUGCUGUUUCCAUUCGUCGCGUUGUUUCUAAUGCGCCUGUUGUUAGUAACGGUGAAGAAAAGAAGAUGAAGAAGAAGAUGAAUCAUGAGGUUGAUGAACAAGAUCAUGAUCAUGUUCCGGUUAUGCUUGCGAGGUCAAGAUCGGAAUCAGAUAUUGAGAGGUUCUUGAUUGAGAAACGAAGAAAAGAAGAGAUUUUAGGGAAAAUCUCAAAGCAGCGUCUUACAAGAACGUAUUCUACUAUUUGUCCUACAAGGACAAGGAUUUGUCAGUACCAAACUCCGAUCAGACAAACACCUGCGGUUUGUGGAAAUGGAAAAGCUUUGCGCGGUGGUGGAGAGGCGUUGACAUCGGUAAUGUCGAAUGCGAGGGUUGGCGCGUUUUUCUUGACAGUCAGGUUAUGGGAUAUAGAAACCAAAACAUGUCUCAAACUGUUUGCCCAUAAUGACUAUGUGACAUGUAUUCAGUUCAGUCCAGUGGAUGAAAAUUAUUUCUUAAGUGGUUCACUUGACGCUAAAAUAAGGAUAUGGAGCAUACAAGAUCGACAUGUUGUGGAAUGGAGUGAUCUUCAUGAAAUGGUUACUGCUGCUUGCUACACACCAGACGGUCAGGGUGCACUUAUCGGGUCACAUAAAGGAAUUUGUCGUGCUUACGAUACAGAAGAUUGUAAGCUGAGCCAAACUAAUCAGAUUGAUGUUCAGAGCAACAAGAAAUCACAAGCGAAAAGGAAGAUCACUAGUUUUCAGUUUUCCCCGGUGAAUCCAUCUGAAGUUCUUGUCACAUCCGCUGAUUCACGGAUUCGAAUACUAGACGGUUCUGAAGUUAUUCACAAAUUCAAAGGCUUUAGAAACACAUGUAGCCAACUCUCUGCUUCGUAUAGCCAAGAUGGGAAAUACAUAAUAUGUGCGAGUGAAGACUCUCAAGUUUACUUAUGGAAGAAUGACUUUCACCGAACAAGAUCAACACUCACGACACAAUCUCACGAACAUUUUCAUUGCAAAGAUGUCUCAGCCGCUGUUCCUUGGCAUGGUCAUGUUAGAGGUGAGCCACCACCAGUUCAGAUUCACUCUAAACGCCACUCAAAGCGCAUAUCUACUUCAAGCCAGCCUUCAUCCACCAUAAGCUCACCAACAAAAGAAGAAACCUCGGCGACUGGACCAACUACAUCUAACCGGAAUAAAAAAUCAGGGUUACCUCCAAUGCCUAAGAAAGCCGCUACAAAGAGUCAGAUUCAACCAGAGGAAGAGGCAGGACCGGAGCUGGGAAGCAGUGAGUCGUUUCGGUCGAGUAUGAACUCUUCGGAGCAGCAUUCAUCGAGGUUUGGGGAAUCUCCAUCGAUAAACACAUCGUCAAGGUUAUCUUCUUGGUCAUGGUUCGACAGUGGAGGGCAUGGUCCGCAAACUAUACAGCCAACGGCUUGGGGGAUGGUGAUUGUGACGGCUACAGUUCAUGGUGAGAUCCGAUCUUAUCAAAACUUUGGUUUACCGAGAAGAAUCGGUCGCCAAACUACUCUGUUUUGA